AUGAAUGAGGAGAGAUUUGUUCCUAUUGGCAAACCUUUUGGGGGAAAGCACGAAUUUGGAUCGACCCAGAGAGAAGAUAAAGAGUCAUUGCGAGAGUUUGAGUGGGAACGAGAAGAGGGUGUGAUGCUUUCAAUUCAUGGUUUUCAGUUUGUCCUUGCUCGCCCUGGUUAUGGUCAAAGCCUGAAAUCGAUAAUUGACAUGCUCUUCGUAUUCAGGCACAAUAAUUGGACCAAGUUUGUGGUGAAGCACAUGGGCCUAGUUUGCAGCAGCAGAGAGGAAAUGCAGAAAAUGAAGAACCUUGGUAGCAUUGGAAGCAGUGGGAGGCUAUCAGCAGAAGAGUAUGAGGAUGAGGAGAUUUCAAAGCUGGCCAUCUCCACGUUUCAAUCUAAGGAAGAAGAAAUUGAGAGGAAAAAAGUGGAGGUGAGAGAGAAAGUUGAACUCCAACUUGGUCGUGCUGAAGAAGAGACUAGGCGCUUGGCACACAUUUGGGAAGAGCUUGAAGUGCUUGAUGAUCCCAUGAGGAAGGAAGUUGCAAUGGUACGCAAGAAGAUUGACUUGGCUAACAGAGAUUUAAAGUCACUGGGACUUAACUACCAGAAAAAGGAGAAAGAGUAUAAAGAAUCCUUGGAAGCUUUCAACGAAAAGAACAAAGAAAAGGCUCAUUUAGUAACCACACUAGUUGAGAUGUUAACUGAGAGUGAAAGAAUGAGGAUGAAGAAACUGGAAGAGCUAUGCAAAAUCAUAGAGUCUCUGUCUCUGAAACCAUAA